AUGAUUGUCAUAAGUGUGACGUCGGUCGGUCUGCGACAGAAGAUUCCGAUUGCCGCGGUAGUCGUAAGCUGGCGCGAGCCCGUUUCAGCCAUGGCACAAGAUGCGCCAGCAGCUGCCGCGGAAGCGCCACCGGACCGGCCCAUCGCCUCCAUGCCAGAGCUGACAUCGCAGGCGGAGUGGCCUUGGCGGAAGGUAGAGAGCGCCGAAAGCGUGGAGGAGAAGGAGGCGCCUGCCGAGGUGCCGGAGGAUAAGUCCUUGAGAUUCCGCAGAGACCUGUGGGACAAGUUUGAUUUUCUCUGGAGAGAGAGGAUCGAGCCUUCGCAGGGCCUGCUGCAAAAGGUGGCAGAUCUUCUGCGAAGCCGAGCAGAGUUGGAAAGGAAGUAUGGCGAGAGUCUCCUGGGCUUUGGCGGGGAUCUACAGGUUGAGCCAGGCAAUCCCCUCCACACCGCAGUUGAUGCGAUGAUCGUGAACUUCCGCAACCGCGGAGAGCAGUCCAUCACUUUGGCUGAUGAGUUGGAGCAAGACAUCAUCGUUUGCUUUGACACUGUCAUCAAGCAGCACAAGGAGGUGUCGAGAAAGAUCCACUCCGACGUGCAGCUUGUGACGAAAUAUGCGCAGGAGAGGCGGAAAGCGCACGACAGAUUGGCGAGAAGGUACGGUUCUCGCUGUGCGGAGGCUGAGUACUUAGCCCAGGACUGUUUGCAAGCCGUCUCCAUGAAAACGGCUGACCGACUGAAGCUGGCCCAGCAAGCCACGGUUCUCAGCAAGCAAGCACGACUGGCAGAAUACGAAUACUACCAGUCCAUCGAGCAGGCAGAUGGUCCAGUGGUUCCUGCUGAGUGUAGCCUGUGUUUGGUUGCGGGGCAAUUGCCCGCAACAUCCCGUUCAUGA